ACACCACCCGCAUCCGUUCGUCUUUCGUGCCUUCUUCCCGACAUUUUUCCUCAAAUCGACAGCGUCAAAGCGUCUUAAAAGAUCGUAUUGAAAACUUGUGGAUCCCAGCCCCUAGGUGCUUGUUCGAGAAUUUGCAUUAACAAUCUUGAAGCGUUUGCGAACUCACUCCCCCAGACCGAAGUCAAUGGCGACUCUUUAUAGAGGGACAUCCAGGAAAGAUAAACCCAGAGGACGUCAUCAUGGUUUAACUCAGCAGAAGAGGCAAGAGAUUAAGGAAGCAUUUGAGCUAUUUGACACUGAUGGCUCAGGCACUAUUGAUGCCAAGGAGCUUAAUGUCGCCAUGAGGGCCCUUGGUUUCGAGAUGACAGAAGAGCAAAUCAAUCAAAUGAUUGCAGAUGUGGACAAGGAUGGCAGUGGUGCAAUUGAUUUUGAUGAAUUUGUGCACAUGAUGACAGCCAAAAUUGGAGAAAGGGACACUAAGGAGGAGCUCAUGAAAGCUUUCCGCAUUAUUGAUCAAGAUAAAAAUGGAAAGAUAUCUGUGUCAGAUAUUAAGCGUAUAGCGAAGGAGCUGGGUGAGAACUUCACUGACAAGGACAUUCAAGACAUGAUUGAGGAAGCUGACCGCGAUCGUGAUGGAGAAGUUAGUGCUGACGAGUUUCUCAGGAUGAUGAAGAGAACAUAUGGGUAUUAGGCAUACUCGGAGUAUCAAAGCUUGUUGAGAGUUUGAUCCUUUGCAGAGAAGGAUAUUUCUGGAUUAUGCUGUCUGUACUCUACUAUUAUUUUUACAGCCACACACUACGGAGCAUAUAUAUUGGACAACGUGGAAGUAGUUCAAGACUUUUUAUUUUUAGAGUGUUCUGCCUUAUGAAUGAACGAUUGGAUCCAAGAUAGGGUAUGGUAAUUAGUAAGUACUGUGCGUGUAUAUUAUAUUGUUGCUUUUGACUUAUUAUAUAGGAAAAUGCCAGUGGCCAGUAUGCCCCAUGAGUUUGUUCUCUCA